CCCAAUCAGCGCCAUGAUGUUCUGGAGGAAAGAUGGAGAGGAGAUUCAUGAGGAUGUGUACCACGGAGAGAUCCUCCCCAACCACAAUGGAACCUUCCAGAUUACUGUUGAACUGGACUUUUCAUCAGUCCCACCUGAAGACUGGAGGAGGUUUGACUGUGUGUUUCAGCUCUCUGGUGUGAAGGACGACAUCGUCACCAAACUGGACAAAGCAGUGAUCAGGACCAACUGGGUUGAACACUCCCUAAAGUUUUUCUUCACUGGAUCUUAUGGCAUCCCAAACUUCCCAGAGUUUGUGGGUGUUGUGAUGGUUAAUCACACUGAGGUGAUUUACUGUGACAGCAACAUCAAGAGAGCAGAACCCAAACAGGACUGGAUGAAGAAAAUAAUAGACGAUGAUCCAAAACACUUGGACUUGUACACUGAUGAGUGUCAUGUUGGUCAACGGUUCUUCGGUUCAACCAUUGAAAGUCUGAUGCAGCGUUUAAAACAAACUGGAGGUGUUCACACUUUGCAGAACAUGUUUGGCUGUGAGUGGAAUGAUGACACUGAAGAGGUUAAAGGCUUCAAUCGGUUUGGUUAUGAUGGAGAAGACUUCAUGUCUUUGGACCUGAGGAGAGAAACAUGGAUACCUGAAACACAAUUUUCCCCUUUUGAGUUGGACUUUAAUGAAGACUUGAUGGAAAUAUACCAACAGACUCUUAACACCAAACAAGAGUGGGACAGUGACAAAGCUAAAAUAAAAAACAUCAUGCAUCUCCUCACUCAGCGUUGUCCUCAGUGGCUGAGGAAGUAUUUAAGCUUUGGGAAGAGCUCUCUGCUGAGAAAAGAGCUUCCUUCAGUGUCUCUCCUCCAGAAGUCUCCCUCCUCUCCAGUCAGCUGCCACGCUACAGGUUUCUACCCAAACAGAGCCAUGAUGUUCUGGAGGAAAGAUGGAGUGAAGAUCCAUGAGUUUGUGUUUGAGUUUGUGUUUGAGGUGAAGAAUGAGUAUACGAAGCUCGGAGAGAUCCUUCCCAACCAUGAUGAAUCCUUCCAGAUGAGAGUUGACUUGUAUUUUCCAUCAGUCACACCUGUAGAUUGGAACAGGUUCGACUGUGUGUUUCAGCUCUCUGGUGUGAAGGAGGACAUCGUCACCAGACUGAGCAAAGCAGUGAUCAGGACCAAUGGAGUUGAACACUCCCUCAAGUUUUUUUCCACUGAAUCUCAUGGAGUCCCAAACUUCCCAGAGUUCGUGGGUGUCGUGAUGGUUGAUGACACUGAGGUGAUUUACUGUGACAGUAACCUUGAGAAAGCAGAACCCAAACAGGACUGGAUGAAAAAAAUAAUAGACAAUGAUCCAAAACACCUGGACUGGUACACUGAUGAGUGUCGUGCUGGUCGACGCUUCCUCAGUUCAACCAUUGAGAGUCUGAUGCAGCUCUUCCAACAAACUGGAGGUGUUCACACUUUGCAGAACAUGUUUGGCUGUGAGUGGAAUGAUGACACUGAAGAGGUUAAAGGCUUCAAUCGGUUUGGUUAUGAUGGAGAAGACUUCAUGUCUUUGGACCUGAGGAGAGAAACAUGGAUACCUGAACAACAAGUUUAUAUCUUUAAAAAAGGAUAUGGUGAAAACUUGGUGAAAACACUCCAACAGGUUUCUAACAUCAAAAAGGAGUGGGACAAUGACAAAGCUAGAAUGACAAACAUCAAGUAUCACCUCACCCAACGUUGUCCUCAGUGGCUGAAGAAGUAUUUGGAUUAUGGCAAGAGCCCUCAGCUGAGAACAGAGCUUCCCACAGUGUCUCUCCUCCAGAAGUCUCCCUCCUCUCCAGUCAGCUGCCACGCUACAGGUUUCUACCCUGACAGAGCCAUGAUGUUCUGGAGGAAAGAUGGAGAGGAGCUUCAUGAGAACGUGGACCACGGAGAGAUCCUCCACAACCAUGAUGGAUCCUUCCAGAUGAGCAGUAACCUGAACGUUUCAUCAGUCCCACCUGAAGACUGGAGGAGGUACGACUGUGUGUUUCAGCUCUCUGGUGUGAAGGAGAACAUCGUCACCAAACUGGACAAAGCAGUGAUCAGGACCAACAGAGUGUAUCACUCCCUGAUACUGUUCUACACUGGAUCGGUGAGAGUCCCAAACUUCCCAGAGUUUGUUGCUGUUGUAAUGGUUGAUGGAGUUGAGGUGAUUUACUGUGACAGCAACACUACAAUAGCAGAACCCAAACAGGACUGGAUGAAAAAACUACUGAAAGAUGAUGUAAAACACAUGGACUGGUACAAUGAUGAGUGUCGUCAUAGUCACAGCUUCUUCAAUACCACCGUUGAGAGUUUGAUGCAGCAAUUUAACCAAACUGGAGGUGUUCACACUUUCCAGCGGAUGUUUGGCUGUGAGUGGGACGAUGAGACUGGAGAGGUUUAUGGUUUUAAUCAGUAUGGUUAUGAUGGAGAAGACUUCAUAGUACUUGACCUGAAGACAGAGACAUGGAUCGCUCCUAAACCACAGGCUGUCCCCAUCAAACACAAGUGGGACAAUGACAAAACAGGAUUAGCGGCCAUUAAAACCUAUCUCGCCCAACAGUGUCCUGACCAGCUGAAGAAGUAUGUGGACUAUGGGAGGAGCUCUCUGCUGAGAAAAGACCUUCCCUCAGUGUCUCUCCUCCAGAAGUCUCCCUCCUCUCCAGUCAGCUGCCACGCUACAGGUUUCUACCCAGACAGAGCCAUGAUGUUCUGGAGGAAAGAUGGAGAGGAGCUUCAUGAGAACGUGGACCAUGGAGAGAUCCUCCACAACCACGAUGGAUCCUUCCAGAUGAGCAGUGACCUGAACGUUUCAUCAGUCCCACCUGAAGACUGGAGGAGGUACGACUGUGUGUUUCAUCUCUCUGGUGUGAAGGAGGACAUCGUCACCAAACUGGACAAAGCAGUGAUCAGGACCAACUGGGUUUCUCCCUCACAGAUUCCUGCUGAUGCCGUUAUUGGAAUUGUUGUAGGACUGCUGCUGCUGACACUCUGCAUCACUGGACUCUUCAUCUGGAAGAGAAACAACCAUGAGAAGCCCAGUGACAUGACCAUCCCCAUCACUGCUGCAGUGGUUGUUCUUGCUCUCAUCCUCAUCGCUGCCACUGGAUUCACUGUUUACAAAUGGAAGAAAGCAAAAAGUCCUCCACCUCCUCCUGACAGCAGCUCUGAGCUCACUGAGAAACUCGAUCCAAGUUCGGCUGAUGAACACAGAAAAAAGUAAAUAACUUGGCAUGUGUCAUAUUAUAGUUUUAAAGAAGCAAAAGACAUUUAAAGAUGGCUUCAUGCAGCAAAAGUAUAGUAGUAGUCACAGUAUAUGUAUUGAUAUUUAAAUGUAAGAUAUGGUUUCAUUUCACAUUUUUUUUAUUUUAUAUUUCAAAUGUGAAUUUUAUGAAAAUGUUUUAUCAUUUAUUAACACUGAUGCAACAGUGUGUUACCUAUCUGUCUUGAAGCACAUUAAAUGAGACAGACAGUGAUGGUGGUUGGACUACUGAGCCAUGGCAUUCACAUGUAGUUGCCUGAAGCCAGUUGGGCCAGUCACUGUAGUUGAGCCUGAGCAGGUAUAAUGUAGAUAUAAAGUAGCAGAGUAUUGGCUCUUUGCUUGGGUGACUAAAGGAUUUAAAGGCAGCUUUGAGAUGCGUUAGGUCAAGGUCAGAGAAUCGCGUUGCUUGUCAGAGGACUCAAUAGAUCCAUGACAGCACGACCAACUGCAGGUCCUGAUGAAAGGUCAAAACAGUAUUUAACAUGCAUACUGAGCUUCAGCCACUGAAGGUCUGUCACCACAGCUGCCAUCUGCUCUCAUGCCAGCAGAGUACUGUCCUAGCUGGAAGCAAGGCAGGGGGACCACAGGGUGCACUAGCAAGCUAAUUGUCAUCUCAUUCGUGGUCCAGUGAACAAUAAAUUCUUCAAAUGCAGUGCCCCAUAUUAUUUUCCAAGCUACUGUAGCUGUCAUAUUUUGUGGAGAAGGACCCUCACUUGCACCUGUGGCAACACAAAUUCAGCUUGCUUGUGACCCAGCAUCGGGGGUUUGAUGCUUGACCGCCUCGACUGUGCACCAGAUCAGCAAACUUGCUGCUGUUACAUAGGUUAAACCUGGCGCUGAGAUUUUGAGCGGACCGAAUUUGAGUUGCUACAGCCUUUAACUGAAGUCCAUCUCCACAAAAUAUGACAGCUACAGUAGCUUGGAAAAUAGCGAUAUGGGCUGUAGCAACUCAGAUUCAGCCAGCACAAACCCUGGCGCUCCUUGCUGCAUCAAUAAAGGGAGCACAGUGUGUGCUAGUUAGCUAAAUCUUGUGCUGCUGCUUUGUUGUGAAUCUGUGCAAAAACCACACCUCAUUCAUUUGAAUAUGUACAAAAUGGAAAUAAAAACAGCUGGGUAAUAAAUAUGCUAUUAUGAAAUAAAUAUAUCCUGAAAUAAAUAAAUGUGCAAUUAUGGAAUUAAAGUACCCGUAAUAAUAAAAGUAAUCUUUUGAAAAAGGUCCUUCAAAGAAAAAAAUAUUUAUUUAUUUAUUCAACUAUGAUAACUAAUUUAUUUCAGAAGCAUAGGCUUAUUUGUGUGUUUAUCUAUUUGAUAUUGACUUAAAUGUGUGUAAAAUCUGUGUGAAAGGUUACAACAUCAUUUGACAUGAAUACAUGGCUUCCAUAGGCAUUUUUGGCACAUUUUUCUGUGUAUUGAUAACCAUAAAUGAAUGUCUAAAUGGAAUCUGUUGCUCUUUCUUUUUGUGUUGAUGUUUUGCUUUUUAAUA